UUAUUAGCAAUACAAACAAAGUAGACUGAUUUCACCUGCUGUCAUUGUACGAAGGAGUCUAAAGUUUAGGUAAACUGAUAAAUGCCGCAGUAGCUGCAGCUAGCAGAAGCCUACGCCGUUAAUUAAGCCGUGCAGGUUUCCUUAGUCAUAGCGUGACAGUGGUGUUUUUCCGCAAAAAUGGCAACUCCUAACAGAAUCCCCAUUGGUAUUGAUUUGGGGACAUCGUACAGCUGCAUAGCGGCAUAUCGGAAUGGAAAGGCCGAAGCCAUUCCAAAUGACCAGGGACACCGCAUCACGCCCAGCAUCGUUGGGUUUCACGAUGGCGAGCGGUUAACCGGUGAAGCGGCGGCCUUUCAAUGGCGUGUUUAUCCCACCAACACGAUCUGCGAUGCCAAACGGAUGAUUGGGCGGAGUUUCGACGAUCCUUUGGUACAGGCUGACAUUCCGCACUGGAGCUUCCAAGUGGUCAGCGAAAACGAUAAACCACACAUCGUUGUAGAGGAAAACGGAGAGGCCAUGUUAAUCACGCCAGAGCAGGUUAGUGCGAUGGUGCUGAACAAUUUGAAAGAGUCGGCAGAGCGCUAUUUGGAGACAUCAAUCUGUGACGUGGUUAUUACCGUGCCGGCAUAUUUCACGGAUGCCCAGCGCCAAGCGACGAAAGAUGCCGCUACUAUUGCUGGAUUAAAUGUUCUGCAUAUGAUUAAUGAACCGACGGCCGCAGCUAUUCUAUAUGGAACCGAAAAGAAGUACAAAAAAGCACAAAAAAUAUUGAUCUUUGAUUUGGGCGGUGGUACUCUGGAUGUCUCCAUCUUAAAUGUAGAACCUAACAUGAAGUUCACCGUGAUAGCCACGCAUGGAGACCCACACCUUGGUGGAAAAGAUUUCGACAAUGUACUGGUUAAGUUUUUAACGCAGGAAUACGAAGAAAUGAAAAAGGUCAGCCUGGAAGAAUUCUGCGAAUCGGUUCAGCUAUUGCGGGAACAUUGCGAAAAGGCCAAACAGUCGCUCAGUUUUAUGCAGCAAGCCAGACUGGUCGUGGCGAACUUCUACGAAAACGAUACCUAUAAAAGAACCUUAACGCGGAAAGAGUUUGAGCAAUUGUCGCAGCCUCUUUUCGACCGUAUGCUAGUCCCCGUGCAAGCGGCACUACAGGACGCCGAUUUAACGAUUGCCGACAUCGAGGACGUCGUCCUGGUGGGUGGUUCCAGUCGGAUCCCUAAAGUUCACGCGCUGUUACAGGAUUUCUUCCCGGGAAAAACACUGUUACAGGGAACACAUCCCGAUGAAGCGGUGGCGUGCGGAGCCGCCAUUUAUGCCGCAAAGCUGAUGGACGAUAAAUCUGGGACUGCACAGUCUUUGACAUUGGUGGAUGUGACACCGUUUACGCUAGGAAUCGAAACCUACGGAGGAGAUAUGGCAAUAUUCUUUCCCAAGAAUACCCGGCUGCCAGCCCAAAUGAGUCAUUUAUUCACAACCGUGUACGAUAACCAGGAAUCCGUCAAAGUUCAAAUCUUCGAGGGCGAAGCGGCGGAAGCCCAGAGCAACCGGCUCCUUGGCGAAGUUGACCUGAGUGGCAUCGAGCCCGCACCGCGGGGAACACCACAAAUCAUGGUGACCUUUGAUGUGGAUCCUAGCGGGAUCCUGAGUGUCUCGGCCCUGGACCGACAAAAUGGCAACAGAGUGGACGCGCAGAUCGACAACGAUCGGUACAAUCUGUCGCCGGCAGAGAUCCAGCGCAUCGCGGACAGUCUGGCGGUCGGAACACCUGAAGAGCAGCUGGAAGCCGAACGCCGAGUCUUGUGGGCAAAACUGACCGAGUACAAGACAUCAGUUUCUGAGGAAAUCUCCAGAAAAAAUUCCAAGCUUUCGCAGCAGGAGCUUACGCGUGCACAGGAGUCGCUGAAUAAGUUGAACGAAUGGAUGCAAAGUAGUGGGGAAGCAAAGAAGGCGACAAUAAUUCUAAAGCACCAGGAGGUUGCUCGUGUUUUUCGUCCGAUCUUGGCAUUAAUAUCAUGAUGAAAGAGUCAUUAGUGCUAUCAGCUGGCAUAGUAAAGUAUGGGUACUGACGUGAUGAGUGUGAUCCUAAAAAUUGGAAGAAAGUGUUAUGACUUGUGACCGCUCCGCAACCCGAUGACGACUGCAACUGUGUAUUUGAUAUCUGUACACGCACUCGUAGUCCGUACAGAUCAAAUCAGCACACUCAUACGAGCUCAUCAAAUUACUGUUUAUGAGCAGGGCAGCAAUCUUAUCGCUGGUUAUGAUAAUGUUUACAGUCGGAAAGAAACCGGCCAAAUUAGCAAAUUGUCCAAAUUUUAAUGACAGUACUCUAAUUACUUAUCGUUUAAUGCUUGGGAAUUUUAUUCACCUUAAGUCUGUGAUGCUGUUGAAUUCGCCGUCGUCCGUUACAGCAUAACUGUGCCAUUUCGAUCAGGCAGUAACACAUCAAUUUUCAUCCAAUAUUUUUGACUGUGCUACUGUUAUACCGGUAUUUCCAUAACAAACAGUCAAUGUCAUGUCCGGCAAUUUUUUGCACUGGGGUUUUGUAGUACUGUACUUCGUUAUAAUUAGAUGACUAUUCAGUACCAUAUUUAUUACGCAGCAGUCUGUUUACGCCUGAUCUACCGCAUAAGCAUACUCAUAGACAGCGCACUGCAGCUGAACAUAUUUAAUAGCUAACCCAAUUUUGAUUAGAUAACGCACAAUCAGUUUAUUUUGGUGUUGAUUUGCAGUACUCGUAUACGGUCAGCUUUGUUGAUGCUCCUUGCAAUUUUGGGUCACAAAGCAGGUAGUCUUUCAGGAAGAAUUAUCCAUGUAGCUUUAACGCAAAGCCACAUCUCGGAAUACAAUUGCACCGGCUGUUGAGCUGCGUUUUUCCAGCUGAGCAGUUUUGAAUUUCUUGGUUCUGCAUCAAAC